AUGGUAAGAAUAAUAUUAAGUAACAACUAUACCGAUAAUUCUUGGGAAACAAUUGUGGAAGUUUAUAGGUUCGGUGAGAGUUCUUGGAGGAACAUCGAUAGUUUUUCUGCCUUUCUACUUGCUAUUGAAGAUGAUGGCAUGUACAUCGGUGGCACUCUUAAUUGGCUUGCACUCCGGAACAUGCAGGGUGCUGUUUAUGAUUCGGGUGCUGUUACACUUGAUAUGUUAGUGAUUUUUUCGCUUGAGCUGAAAUCGGAGACAUAUAAACAGAUUCUGCUGCCUAAUGGUAUUGAUGAGCUCCCCAGUCAUAAGCCAAGUCUAAAUGUUUGGGGAAAUUGUCUGUAUCUUUCUCAUGAUUACAAGAGAACUCAUUUUAUUGUGUGGCAAAUGAAGGAGUUUGGAGAUGAAAACUCUUGGACUCAAUUGUUAAAGAUUAGUUUUCAGCAUAUCAAUGUUGAGCUGCUGUUGCCUUUGUUUAUACGUGAGAAUGGAGAUAUCUUUGUGCUUAGAGUGAGUAACGGGGACAUUUCUAAGAUAGUUUUAUAUGACCAGAGAAUUAAUAGUGUUGACCAUAUUAUCUUGGAUCAAAGUCAUUUUCCCGUUACCAAUGAUUAUGUUGAGAGCCUGGUUUAG